UUGCGUUUCGUUGGAUAGCGACUGUAUGUAGCGUAUUUUGGGCAUCUCCAUGCUGUGGCAUAGUGGUGAGGCGUGCGAGUCAUAAGUAUAGCAAUACACACUAUUGCAUAGUGGUGAGGUGUGCGAGUCAUAAGUAUAGCAAUACACACUAUUGCAUAAGCAUAAAGUUGCAAUCAUGGCAUCAUCGAGACGACCGGAGCACGUUGGUCCUCCCGAACUCUUUUACAACGAACAAGAAGCUGCGAAGUACACGACGAACACUCGAAUAAUAGAAAUUCAGACUUCUAUGUCAGAACGUGCUAUCGAGCUUCUUGCUUUGCCAGAAGACACACCAUACUUAAUUCUCGACCUGGGCUGCGGCAGUGGACUGAGCGGCGACGUCUUGGAAGAGCAGGGUCACUACUGGGUUGGCGUGGACAUAAGUCAAGCUAUGCUGGACAUUGCCAUUGAACGCGAAACUGAUGGCGAUAAGGUACUUGGCGAUCUUGGUCAGGGUAUGUUCUUCAGAGCUGGCGCCUUCGACGGUGCAAUUAGUAUAUCUGCUCUACAGUGGCUCUGCAAUGCUGACAAGAAAUCACAUAACCCAGUACAACGUUUGCACAAGUUCUUUUCGACGUUGUAUUCAUGUCUAAGUCGUGGUAGCCGCGCUGUUUUUCAAUUUUAUCCUGACGGCGCAAGCCAGAUAGAGCUUGUUACCCAGCAGGCUAUGAAAGCUGGCUUUACGGGUGGUCUUGUUGUUGACUUUCCGAACAGUACAAAGGCAAAGAAAAUGUUUCUUGUAUUGUUUACUGGUGGGCCCCAAAAACUUCCUAAAGGUCUUGGAGAUGAAUCUGAAAGAGAGAAGGGGCAUCAGGUAGAGUUUACAGCAAGACGCGACAGAAUGAAACAGUUACGAGGAAAAGGACCAAAGCACGGAGCAGCUUGGAUACAAGCAAAAAAAGAGCGAAGACGUCGGCAAGGCAAAGAGACAAGGGCCGAUUCAAAAUAUACAGGCAGAAGACGCUGUGGGAAGUUCUAAAAGCACAGGACUGUAAAGCAAGAAUGAGGAAAUGUUAGAUCACUGUAGCAAGAUUUGAAGUGUCUGUACUUGUUUUCACACCUCAAAGGGUACGGUGAGCCAUGCACAAAAGAUGUCUCUUAGGCUGAGAGAGCUCGCGGGACCGCAGGUGAAUGAGAAAAGGAGUGGAAAAGUUUGAAAAUGUACGGAAUGUUCCCUUCAUCAGAUGAAGAAAAGUACAGUGUUCUGAGGAUUGCAUAAAAGUGUUUAGGAAACAACUGUAGUUGGAUUACCUCCUCUGAUAUUUUAUUUACAUGUACGUUAAAUAUUUCACAUCAUGUGUUGCAUUACAAGCAUAUGCGAGCAACACAGUCACAAUCACUAACUGUUACACAAAAAUACCUAAAGGUAAAGGCACCCGUGGUGUUCUGUCUCCGAUUGUUCAAACAUACUGUAACAACAACGCCAAAGCUGGCGGGUAUAGUAAGUAUGCACUGAAGCUACAAUGCAUUAUGCGAAACAACGUAACAACGUUACAUAGCAAAUGUAGCUGUGAAUUAAUAACCCGUUCCACGUGCAACUAACUGCGGGAGCAAAACUGAAAAAUGGCAUACAUAUAAGGAGAGGCGCUUGUAACUGUAUGUACCUGAAAAAUCUGAAGUAAAAUCUGGGACAGCACA